GUAGAUAAUUAUUGCAUAAAGGAUGAGCCAGGUGGCUCUCAUUCAUGGCUGAAGCUAUUUCCCACUCUUAUUACUCAUGAUUCCUUACCCCCAACCAUACACCCCUUUAAAUUCUGUGUGUGUGCACCUACGUACUCUGUGUGUGGCUUACAAAUUUGUUUGCAAUCGAUCAUGGGAGGGUGGUUUUCUCGUCCUGAUGAUGAUGAAGACGAUGACCAAGACUAUAAACGAUUUCAUUCGGUUUCUGGUUGGCAGCUUCAUUUCAAUGAAUUUAAAGAAUCCGAUCAACUGAUGGUGGUAUUCUUUUCUGCAAGAUGGUCUGACUCAUGCUUCUUGAUACAAUCUCAUUUCGCAGCUCUUGCUAGCAAGUAUCCAGACGUCGAUUUUGUCAAAAUCGACGUCGAUGAGUUAAAGGCGAUGCCAACCUUUGUAUUCAUAAAACGUGGGGAAGAGAAGGCAAGGAUCGUAGGUGUCAAGGACGAUCUCGAAAAGGAGAUCAAAAACCAUAUAUAGAAGAAGUCUCUAAGAUCGAUGCGUUACAACAUCGCUCUUGAUAUAUAUAUAUAUAUAUGUAUAUACACAUAUAUGUUUGUGCCCGCGCAUAUGUGUGCUGCAAAAGCGUGAAUUUAAAUAUCGUUGUGGUUGAUUAGAUAUGAAUUCUGAACCAUUGUUUUAGUGUGUAUUUAUUUUGGUGGUUUCUAUU